AUGUAGGAUCCAUUAAAUGGUGUUUCUGAUAGAUAAGCUGUAAGAAAUAAGUGUCUGCAUGCAAUAGAUAUUUUCGCUUUUCUUCCUGUUCCAAAAACAGAAGAAGUAUCAACUAAGCGUUCAGUUAUUGGUUCAUUAUCAUUGAUAGUCAUUUUUUUAGGAUAUCUUAUUUUCUCAUUAAUAUCUUUUUUCACUAAUAAUGCACCAAGAAUUAAUUAAUAUUCUGUACCUCUUGAUUACAACUUAGUUAUUAACAAUCCUGAUCUGGCUAUUGGUUUUUUAAGUGGUAAAGAAUUAAAUGACUUCAGAUAUAACAAUGAUACUUCAUAUUUUGAAAUUGUUGGUAAGAGAAAGAUAAAAUAUUAUGAUGUUGACACCCAAGGAUUUACUGAAGCCUCAAGAGAUCUCUACUUGUAACUUGAGGAUCCUGAUUGGAUUAGUCAAAAUUUUACCAUCCUUACUCCUUACUACGAAAAAGGUGAUGAUCUCUAAAUGUAAGGUUUAUUGUAUACUUCACAGAUCCACUAAUUCCCUAGUUUUACUCUCUACACUUGCAGAAAUACCACAUAAAAAGUAUGUGCCUCUCAAGAUGCAAUCAACUAAUUAUUUGCAGGUGGAAGACUUUUCACUUACUUCAAGAAGAAACCCUCAGUCAACUAUGCUUCUGGAAAAAGUGUUGAUACCAGCGAUAACCAAUUCUACUAAUUCUAUUUCUUUAUAGUACCUGGUUUGUAUAACAGAGCAGAAAUCGUUUAUUAGUAUGGAGAAGUAGACAGAUAUCCUGAUUAUGCAACUCGUUUUACCCAUGAAAAGAGUAAUACUUUAGAAAUAGUAAACUAAUAUAAUUAUGUUUCAGAUGUUGCACCAAAUGACCAAGUAACAGACCCUUCUACCUCUGGUAAAAUGCCAUCAUAAUAUGCCUUUUAAGUUUGGACUAGAUUAGCAGAAGAUGUAGUAUAAAAUGAAGUAGUUUAUGACACAAUUAUGGAUAAAGUCUCUAGUUGGGGUGCCUUCUGGGGAGUACUUUUCUCUGCCUUUGCCAUCUAUUUCUUAAGAUAUAAUAAAGAAAGAUUCUACAAAAAAAAUCCUGAUUGGGAUUAAUUCGAUAGAAAAAUUGAUAAGUUUGAUAUUGUAAGUGAAAAUGGUAUGGAAGAAAACGAUCAGUAAUUAAGCCAUAAUUAAGUCUAAAUCUAAAAUAGUAAUCACGAUAGAAGUGGAACCAAUAACUCUCAAUAACAAAAUAACAGAUAAUCAUAUGAAGCAUGA